UUCCUGUGACAGACACUCGGGGAUCAGGUCCUGGAGCUGGAGGCUUGUCCUGGAAGUGUCACUGCUGCAGGUCGGUGUGAGAGAGACUCCAACAGCUGCUUCAUCUGUGAGGGACACAGCAGGAACAACACCUACCCCGACUCCGCACAUGUGGACAGAUGUUCACACAGAGCAGACACAGCUGAUCUGAGCUUCAUGGAUCAGGCAGGUGUGGCCGUCCCUCCUCCAGACCCAGAGGGGGAAUGCCUCCCUGCACCUCAGUGACACACCUGUACCCCGAGGCCCUGCAUGUGUGGGGGUGUGAUGGAGCGGGAGGAGGGAGACAGAUGGGGAUGGGGAGGAAAGGAUUGGGGGGUGGGACAGUACUUCCUGGAGGGGCCGCCCCUUCCACAGAGGUCCACCUGACCUCACCACAGAGGAAAAACUAUACCCGCCCCAAACUUCACUCAACUCCCAGACUACAUAAGAAACAAGACACCCAGGUUGAGCUCCUCCUCCACCUCUGCUAGAUCCCUCCCCCACCUGCAGACUGGACUCCUCAAGAGCAGAGACGCCCUGCAAAGGAUGGUAACAACCUCCCCACCAGCUGAAGAGGCCCCCAGUUCCACCAAUGCACCAAAGGCCCCUGCGCCAGGAUGCACCCACCCACAACCUCAGCGACGCAUCAACCAGGACCCAAGCCCCCCAGGCCCAGCCAGAACCCCAGCCCUGAGGUGGAGCACCCCAAGAACCCAGGGGCAGGCUGCCAGGCCGGUAACCAAGGGAACACCACCCAAGAUCCACAAAAGCCCCAUCCAGGUCAGGACCACAGCCCCCACGCCAAACCGCACAAGAAACCCACCCCAAGGGAACCCACACACCCCCCAACACCAACAGCAAUGGCCAGCAGGACAGCACCACAGCCCCACGAGGUGAUGGAGCUGAUGGAUGUAGCAGUAUUGGUUCAUGUUCAGGUCCCUUCCAUGUGCUUCCAGAUGUCACACAGCUGUUGUUGAUGCUGGUAGUGUGAGAGGUCCGACCUGUGAAAGCACUUCAUUACUGUCACAGCACAGCAUGUGAAACACGUCUGUGUGUCUGCACUGGGAUACACAGGUGUGCAGUGUGGGGGCGGGGCUCCUCAUGUGCCCCUGGUAUCCCGACUGUUAAAGUGCUCUUCCACAUGUUUCCUGGAGACGUCUUUGAGCUUCUUUACACCUUCAAAGUGUGACCAGGCUGUGGGGUCUCAGUUACCUUUACUGGAAAAAAGGAAGGAAGCCUAACAUGACCUCUGUGACCUCUGUGACCUGUACAGACACAGUAACACACACACAGGUGUGUCUGCUGGAGUCCACAGCUCAGCUGCUCCCAGAGACACAGACAUGAUGUAUGUGAUACAUGACCAUGAUGGACAGUC